AUGGGGACUGCGGCGGCGGCGGCGGCUGCGGCGGCCGGGGAGGGGGCGCGCGGCCCGAGCCCCGCCGCCGUGUCGCUCGGCCUGGGCGUGGCUGUGGUGUCGAGCCUGGUGAACGGGUCCACGUUCGUGCUGCAGAAGAAAGGCAUUGUGCGCGCUAAAAGGCGAGGUACUUCCUACUUAACGGACAUUGUAUGGUGGGCUGGCACAAUUGCAAUGGCUGUUGGCCAGAUUGGGAACUUCCUAGCUUACACUGCGGUCCCUACAGUCCUGGUGACUCCCUUGGGUGCCCUUGGAGUACCAUUUGGGUCCAUUUUAGCUUCUUAUCUUCUGAAGGAAAAACUCAACAUCUUAGGCAAGUUGGGGUGUCUGCUGAGCUGUGCGGGCUCUGUCGUGCUGAUUAUCCAUUCCCCAAAGUCUGAAAGUGUGACAACGCAGGCCGAGUUGGAGGAGAAGCUGACCAAUCCAGUGUUUGUGGGUUACCUGUGCAUUGUGCUGCUCAUGCUGCUGCUGCUGAUCUUCUGGAUUGCGCCUGCCCACGGACCCACCAACAUCAUGGUGUACAUCAGCAUCUGCUCCCUGCUGGGGAGUUUCACUGUGCCUUCCACCAAGGGCAUUGGGCUGGCGGCCCAAGACAUCUUGCACAACAAUCCAUCCAGUCAGAGGGCCCUCUGCCUGUGCCUUGUGCUCCUGGCUGUCCUGGGCUGCAGCAUCAUUGUCCAGUUCAGGUACAUCAACAAGGCCCUAGAGUGCUUCGACUCCUCAGUGUUCGGGGCCAUCUACUACGUUGUGUUUACCACGCUGGUCCUGCUGGCUUCAGCCAUCCUCUUCCGGGAGUGGAGCAAUGUGGGCCUGGUGGACUUCUUGGGCAUGGCCUGUGGAUUUACAACUGUCUCCGUGGGAAUUGUCCUUAUACAAGUGUUCAAAGAAUUCAAUUUCAACCUUGGGGAGAUGAACAAAUCCAAUAUGAAAACAGACUAAGAUGCAGCCACGGGUUGGGGUGUGAAGAACAGGCGCCGGAGGGGGUCUGUGGUUUUGACUAGACGUCCAGGAGAAAGGACUCUCAGUGAGAGUUGCCUCUGCACUAAUGAUCUAGUGAACACCAGGGAGCCUUGCUUCGCACCAAGGGUGGGGUCCAGACCUCUCCCACACCAAGCUCCCAAUGGUUGUCUGGGUGUAAACUCUCUGAUGAGACAAAUUCUGUUUUCAUUUCCAUUAACCUAGAAGCUUUCAUAAUUACUUGUUUAAAACAUUUUAACAUAAUUUAACCAGAUAAUAAGGGUAAGGUCUUUCUAGCUAGUCCUCGUAGGGGAGCAGACAUUCUUACCUAGAACCUUGGGAAAGGAAGAAACUUGUGAAACCUGGCCCUCUACAGUAAGCGUGACUGACUUUGUCUUUUUGUUAAGCAUGUAUAGCAUUCAGGUAGUUUUCUCAAAUAAGAGGUGUAUGAAUUGAGUUGUUUCCAGUCCUUUAACAACCUGACUCUCCGACAUGGUCCCCAAGACAGUAGUGAGCAGAGAGAGAGGAUUUCAUGAGGGGAUGUAGUGUUCUGAUGACAGGGUGACUUUCCAAUUGCCCAAAUCGAUUUUAGUGCCUUUAUCAUUUGAGUGACUUAAUUUAACUUUUGCUGUGUAUAUGUUACCUGUUCUAAUUAUAGAUGAUGUAAAGCACUUAGAAAAAGCAUUAUCUUCUGUGGAAGAUAAUGAAAACUACAGACACAGAAAAGGAUUGCAAAGUGACCCAUUUCUCUAUCAUUGUCCAAUUAAGGAUAACUGAUGAAGUUCAGAAGGAACUAUGUUUCUUGGAUCCAUUAUGGAAAAACUACCUGCUUUCUGUUUCAGGAGGCGUUGUGGCCAUUCAGAAGAAAUAGACUAUUAUACUUGACAAUAAGGUUGUUAAAUUAGAGAGUAUCUGUCAAGUACAUCCCACAAGAGUUUAGUAAAAUUACCUCCAGACAGGAACAGGUAUCAGGACUGCUUCUACAAAGGAUAAUGCAUACAUCCUUUCAAAGGGGCUUUCUAGCAAAGGUGAGAACAAUUUUGCCUUCUUGUUUGAUAUGCUAGAACCUCCUCAGGUUCUUACCAGACAUCUUAUUAAACAUUCUGACUGUAUGCAAGACCCUGGGUUUGAUACCCUGCAUCAGAAACAAGCAACAAAACAACACAACCUUCUUACAUGGAAAAUAACUGUUAAUCAUGCAGCGUUUUAGAUUAGAAAUCAUUCUUCCAUCCAUAAUAGCCUUCCCUGUGCAUUAAAUUGGAGCAAGGUACAAAGUGAUACAAUAUUGCAUUAUAUUAUGAUGUUAUAUAUUCCACAUGCUUUGUUUUAUAUAAAUGGAAUGUGCCAAGUUUAAAAAUGGGGAUGGAUAAAGUAAAUUAGCUGAGGUAGAACAUGAGUUUUAAUAAUACCCAACUGAACUUCUCACUAAGACAAAAAUGUGCUUUUCCAUAUCAAAAGGGCAUUUCUAAAGUAAAGACCGAGCAUAGUUCACUGAACUAUAGAAAAAAAGGGUAAAUAAAAUACUAGUUUAACAUAAAGGAAUCUGGUUGUCUGGCUCUUUUGUCAGAUUCAAUGAAUUGAAAGUAUGAAUGAUGACCUUGGUAUAUUAAUCAUUGAUUGUGAAGAACAGCAGCAAAAUGAUUUAAACAAUUGGCAACCUUGCUUGAAGCAGUAGUUAGUAAAUGUUCAAAUUCAUUCUUCUUUUGUAAAAGCUCUUGAAUUUUUUAAUCAUCAGUAUUAUUAGAAAUAUAAACCUUAAUUUAUUGAAUUGGAAAGUGUUAUAUAGCAGGAUCGAUAUAAUUUUAAUAUUAAGGUAAUAAUAUAUAGCUAUACUAGUAUAAGGAAGACACUUAUAAUGUGGAAAUUACCUUGUUUGUUUUGCUGCUUACUGUGGAGCUUAGUUUAAAUGCAUCUGUUGAUGUACCUGAGAUUUUAAUCCACGAUUAUACACCAUGAAUAUCCAAAGGUAUUUUGUGUGUCAAUCAAAAUUUCAUGUUACUAAUCAUUCUCCUAAGUUCUAGAACAGGGAGAUCACUCAGGUUUCCAUCCAGUCGGUAGAUUGCUUCAGCAGGAUUCAUGCCUUUGUUCUAGAGGAACUCGUUGCUUUUCAGGUCUGAGAAUAAUGUCCUAGUAACCGUCAGGAAUCGGGUCUAAUUUUUAGAUUUAACAUAGUGCAUAUAUAUGUAUACUUACUAUUUUGUAAGUUCAGUUUUCACAACUCACUUGGAAAUGCAAACAAAGUAAGAAUUCCCACGUAAGACCUUUGGGGGUAAAGUCUAGAAUGCAAAGGAACCUCAUAUUGGUUUCUCCAGUAGGAAACACUUUAAUCUGUGGGGUUUUAUUUCUGAUAAAACUUAAGAAAACAUGCCAACUAUAUACUUUUUUCAAGUCUUUAAAAAUCAUCAAAAUAAGAAAUGUUGGUAGCAACUUAGAGAAUUCCUCUUGGAAGACAUUUAGGUUAUUUCUCUCCUUUUCUACUUUUGCUCAUAAAUAUCUUUACAUUUGAAAAGGUUGUUUUCUGUUUUAAGUAUUGAUCAAGUGUAGGAUCAGUGAGGCAUUCCUGCUGGAACCCAGAUGCAGGACGCCAUCUGGAGCAUCUUUCCGGUCUGCACAAAGGCUCUAUCUGUUGAGGUUCUUGAGGAGGAAGGCAUAACUGCCCACACUGGGACCUUUGGAGAAGAACUGUUUUCCAGUGUCCUAGCUAUCACUAAGACUAUUGUUGACAAGUGUUGCUGUUAGAAUCUCAGUAAAAUAUAUUUGGCUGCUGUGUGUUCAACAGUAGGGUCCUAUUUCUACUGUUAACGCCAUUUUGUUCUGCUUUAUUUUUAUUCCCGGCUCAUCACAGGAAUAAUAUUUUGAUGUUUUCCUUCA